CAUAGAAAAUAAAAAUAAAAAGGUUUUGUACUUCAACAGUUUUAAAAAAAAGAAAAAAAGAAGAUUACGUUAAUGUAGUAUUUUAACUUUAUCUGUCUUCCUAACGUCUCCGUUUUUCUUUCUUAGCUGCUCUCGAAGACUAUUUUUCAAUCGCUUGUCGGAGCCCAUGGGCGCAUUUAUGUUUCAUAAUGUUUGUUUCAUCCUCUGCUUUAUUUUCCACAGACAACAGGCUUAAAGCGUGUACCCUCGUCCUUCCAGUGGAGGAAACGUGUGACGUAGUUCCACGUGUCUCUCUCUCUUGCUCUCUGGUGAAAGGCCGUGUCUUUUUAAACUACAUUCGGUACAUGAAAAAUGAUCAUGAAAAUGGUUCAUUGUGGAGUUUCCCUUAAAAAAAAAAAAGGUGUGUCCGUCAAGGAAAGUGGUGAAGAUCCUUCCUCUUCUUCUGGUCUGACGGACAUCACCAGUCUGAGGGUCUACUUCAUCAAUUGAUGCUUUUAUAAUUAUCGUCCCGGUGACUUCUUGAGGUUCCAUUUCUCUCUCGGCUUCAGUAGAGAAGCGUCAACGUGGUUUUUCAGGGUUUUCGACAUUGAAAAAUAAAAAAAAUAUUGAGUUCAUGUGAAAGAUACGAGUGCCCAUCGUGACUGCAGCGGCGGGUCCCAAAGGGGCAGAGUGUAUUUCGAGGGGGAAGUGUUUUUGCGAACUAGAGAAGUGAUCCAGAAAACAUUUAAAUGGGCGAAUGCAUCUUUCUGUCGCGCCGUGACGAAGAGGGAGACGCCGAAGCUCAUCCAGGAACUCGAGAUGUCGAUCGUCCCUUUUCUCUCGUGUGUCCUGCUGCUGAUGCAUCAGAGCUCCUCGCUCUCCGCAGCCCGGUGUCACGGUUGUGAGCCGACAUCCUGCAACUGCUCCAGACAAAGCCUGCAGGCGAUCCCCGAGGGGCCUUCAAAGCUCAUCGCCGAGCUCGAUCUCUCCUUCAACAGACUGCGGACGAUAAUGAAAAAUGACUUUGUUGCAUUUUCCCGUUUGCAGUCUUUGUUGGUGAACAACAACCGAAUCCAAAAGAUCCACGACGAAGCAUUUUUCCCGUUGACUAAUUUGGAGAAGUUGGACUUGUCCUUCAACAGACUGGAGACGUUGUCAGCUGGAUGGUUUGAACGCCUUGUUUCUCUUCAGCACUUGAAUCUUUUGGGGAACCGGUACGCACUGUUGGGUCGAGGCAACCUUUUCCAGCCGCUGAAGAGAUUAAAGACCCUACAUUUCGGAGGACCUGACCUUCAAUCUGUCCGAAAAGGUGACUUCUCUGGCCUCCGCGCUCUCGAAGAGGUUGUUUUUGAUGGAAAGAAUCUGCGGGUCUACGCAGAAGGAAGUUUGAGUCAAAUCGGGCCACUUAAAUAUGUCACGCUUGCUCUGAAUGGUCCGUUUUGGAGACAUCCAACGCUGGUAGAAGCCGUACUGUCUGAUGUCGUGCACCCAGACACGACCUUGUCAUUCACUGACUCGCGGUUCUCAACACGGGAUCAAAUCCUCCCGUUCAACGUGGCCCGCGGAACCACAAGUGUUAUUUUUAAAAAUGUUACCAUGACCUUCAUGGCUUGCAUUGCAUUUCUGGAUAUUAUGUCGGACUCUAAUUUGACUUCGUUGGCACUUGUAGAUACUAAAAUCCUCAGAACUUCUUUCCGUGGCAUCGGAUAUCCCCGACAAAUGAAGCGCUUGGAGGCGCUCGUCUUCCGAAACGUGGCCGUCCCUCGGUUUUACAACUUCCCAGCCCUCCUGUUCCUGCGACCUCUGGUGGGCAUGGUGCGAAGACUGUCUCUGCUCAACAGCGAGUUCUUCCUCUGGCCCUGCGUGUACUCCGCCGAUUUCUCCCGACUGGACUUCAUGGACGUCAGCGACAACCUGCUCAGUGACGCGCUCCUCAGCCAGAUGAUGUGCGAUGGCGACGGCGGUCUUUGGAGGCUGCAAACCAUCAACGUCAGCAGGAAUCACCUGCAGACCAUCAACAGCCGGCUCUUCACCAAACUGAUUGAGCUUAAAAACAUCGACCUGAGUGGGAAUGCGUUCCACGUGAUGCCUGAGACUUGUUACUGGCCGCCGAGUCUCCAGUUCUUAAACCUUUCAUCGACACAUUUAACACAGGUAACCACCUGUUUGCCGGUGAGUUUACGAACCCUCGACCUAUCGGACAACGGCUUGACCGCGUUCAACAUCCAACUGCCUUUUCUCACACGUUUACGCCUCUCUGGCAACAAGAUCGUGCGGCUGCCGGACGGGCUCUUGUACCCCCGGCUCGCGUUCCUCUCCAUCCAGAACAACAACUUGCAGACGUUCAGCGGCAGCAAUCUGAAUCCUUAUAAGGACCUGAAGAUUCUGGAGGCCGCCGGUAACAAGUACGUCUGCUCGUGCGACUUUGUGGCGUUCGUGACGUCGAGUCGCUCGGCGGAUCGCCGAGUCGCACUCGGAGACGAUACCAGGUCGUACGUCUGCGACUCCCCCGACGCCGUGAGAGGGAAGAGCGCGGCGGACGCCGGGUUGUCGGCGUUCGAAUGCCACGCGGCUUUGGCGCUGUCUUUGCUCUGCGGCGGCAUGCUGGCGCCGAUUGUGCUCGUCGCCGCUUUGUGUCACAAAUUCAGCGUCGCGUGGUACCUGAAGAUGACCUGGUUCUGGCUGAGGGCCAAGAGGAGGCCCAAGUUGAAUAAGAGAGAGCUCGAGUACGACGCCUUUGUGUCCUACAGUGAAAUGGACUCCGGUUGGGUGGAUGCUCAUCUGGUCCCGGAGCUGGAGCAGUCCGAGCCUCCUCUCCGGCUCUGCAUCCACAAGAGAGACUUUGUUCCCGGAGGCUGGAUCUUGGACAACAUCAUGGACGCCGUGGAGAAGAGUCACAGAACCCUGUUUGUCCUUUCUCGGCAUUUUCUCAGCAGCGAAUGGUGCAAGUACGAGCUGGACUACACCCAUUUCAGAGCGUUCGACCAAAACGACGACACGGUUGUGCUGAUUCUGUUGGAGCCCAUUGACAAAGAGACCGUCCCCAAAAAGUUCUGCAGGCUGCGGAGAGUCAUGAACUCCAGGACGUACCUGGAGUGGCCCGAUGACGGCGACCGCGUCCCCAGGUUCUGGCACAGCUUGAAAGCGGCUCUCAAGAGACCCGAUAACGGGAACUGUUACUUUGAAAAAGUGGACUAAUUUCAGAGUUCAGUAAGGAAAGAUCUGUCACUUUUAAGAGCGUUUCAAUGUCACUUUCAGUUGGAUGAAUGUGUCUCAAUAAAAUGUCUUUGGUCAUAUGUUGGGUCUCCUCAAUAUCUGCUGUAUCCAUCUAUUCAUUAUUUUACUCAUUCCCCCCAAUGCCUCCUAAAAAAUGACAUUUCUGUACUAAUUUGUCGUCCAUAGUUUUGUCUUCUAUAGGUUCCCUCUUGCCAUUGAAGCGCUACAUUUAUGUACCCCGUGACAUCGUGUUUAACAUCAGAGGGAUUAGCUCCAUCUUGUCUUAGUAUUUAUCUAAAAUGACCUAGAAAAAAGUGAAUUCAUGUCAGUUGGCACUUGAACAAAGUACAUGUGUAGUGUGAAAAUAUGUAUUUAUGUUUACGCAUUUACGUUUUGAUGACGGAUAUAAUUGGUGUGAAAGCAGUUAACUGAAAAGAGUUGACAUAUAUAUGUGU